GGCAGCGCCCACAACUGGGGGCUCUCCGCAACCCGAGCGCCUGCCGGCUCCCCCUUCCCGCCCUCCCUCCCACUCAUUCUCCCACCCACCCAGAGCCGGGCCCGCCGCCUCCUCGCCGCGACCCUGGACUUCCUCCUGCUGCAGGAGCCGGCCUCCACGUGUGCCCCAGAGCCGGCGUCUCCGCACGCGCUCCGCUCGGCGCCUGGGUGCCCUCCGCAGUCCGAGCCGCCGGGGGUCCGGGGCCCGGGCGGCACCUGGGCCAAGCUAGGCGCGGCCGAGCCGAGCGCCGAGUGCCUGCCGGGCCGGAGGAGCCGCGGGGCGGCCGGGGUCGGGCCGCAGCAGAUGGGCUCCGACGUGCGGGACCUGAACGCGCUGCUGCCAGCUGUGCCCUCGCUGGGCGGCGGCGGCGGCUGCGCCCUGCCGGUGAGCGGCGCCGCGCAGUGGGCGCCGGUGCUGGACUUCGCGCCCCCCGGCGCCUCGGCCUACGGCUCGCUGGGCGGCCCCGCGCCGCCGCCCGCCCCGCCGCCGCCGCCGCCGCCGCCGCACUCCUUCAUCAAGCAGGAGCCGAGCUGGGGCGGCGCGGAGCCGCACGAGGAGCAGUGUCUGAGCGCCUUCACCGUCCACUUCUCGGGCCAGUUCACCGGCACGGCCGGAGCCUGUCGCUACGGACCCUUCGGUCCUCCUCCGCCCAGCCAGGCGUCCUCCGGCCAGGCCAGGAUGUUCCCCAACGCGCCCUACCUGCCCAGCUGCCUCGAGAGCCAGCCCGCUAUUCGCAACCAGGGGAAACUGAGGCAGAGGACGGUGCACUGCCAUGGAGGGAAAGGGAGAUGCAGCGUCAGGCACACACCAAAAGAAGCUGGCUUCUCGGCCUGGGCACGGGGAGGUGGCCCCCGCAGUAGUGGUUCGGACCACUGGGUGCACGGAUACAGCACGGUCACCUUCGAUGGAACGCCCAGCUACGGCCACGCGCCCUCGCACCACGCGGCGCAGUUCCCCAACCACUCCUUCAAGCACGAGGACCCCAUGGGCCAGCAGGGCUCUCUGGGCGAGCAGCAGUACUCCGUGCCACCCCCGGUCUACGGCUGCCACACCCCCACCGACAGCUGCACAGGCAGCCAGGCCCUGCUGCUGAGGACGCCCUACAGCAGUGACAAUUUAUACCAAAUGACCUCCCAGCUCGAGUGCAUGACCUGGAAUCAGAUGAACUUGGGAGCCACAUUGAAGGGAGUUGCUGCUGGGAGCUCCAGCUCAGUGAAAUGGACAGAAGGGCAGAGCAACCAUGGCGCAGGGUACGAGAGCGACAGCCACACCACGCCCAUCCUCUGUGGUGCCCAGUACCGGAUACACACCCAUGGCGUCUUCAGGGGCAUUCAGGACGUGCGCCGCGUGCCUGGAGUCGCCCCGACGCUUGUCCGGUCAGCGUCAGAGACCAGUGAGAAACGCCCCUUCAUGUGUGCGUACCCCGGCUGCAAUAAGAGAUAUUUUAAGCUGUCCCACCUGCAGAUGCACAGCCGGAAGCACACCGGUGAGAAGCCGUACCAGUGUGACUUCAAGGACUGUGAGCGGAGGUUUUCUCGGUCAGACCAGCUCAAAAGACACCAGAGGAGACACACAGGUGUGAAACCAUUCCAGUGUAAAACUUGUCAGCGCAAGUUCUCCCGGUCUGACCACCUGAAGACCCACACCAGGACUCAUACAGGUGAGAAGCCCUUCAGCUGUCGGUGGCCCAGUUGUCAGAAAAAGUUUGCCCGGUCAGAUGAAUUAGUCCGUCACCACAACAUGCACCAGAGAAACAUGAGCAAGCUGCAGCUGGCGCUGUGAGGGCGGCCCAGGGCAGCUCCGUCCCAGCCGACCAUGUGGGAGCUGCGCUCAGCUCUGGCUCGAAUGCCUCCUCACUCACCUCUCCAAGAAGGACAUGGCAGUUGACCUUCUUCAUCCAGCUUCCAGGACAAGAUGCCUGAACCACUGGACCGACCAGGUUUGCCUGGAGGAGCUCCGGGCUCUGCUUUGGGGACUUGUAGUUGACUCAGGGCCCUGGAGAAGUGGUUGACACCGCUGGGUCGGUUAGAAGCCCACCCCAUUUGGUCUGGAUUUUCCACUGUAAGAAGAGCUGCUGUCGAUAGCUCCCUUCUCCUGUGCACAUUUUCACUGGGAAUGGAGUCACUGUCCAUUUUUCAUCAUAGAAUAUUUAUAGGCCAGGGCAUGUGUAUGUGCCUGCUAAUCUAAACUUUGUCAUGGUUUCCAUUUACUAACAGCAAUAGCUAGAAAUAAAUUAGAGAACGAGGCACUGGGGCGAGUCGCGUAGACAUUCUGGAGGUCAGGCGGGCUGCUAACCUGGGAGGCAAGAUGUAGUGCUCCCAGCAACUGUCAGAACUCCUGCAUUUCAGCAGCUGAAAAAGAAUCAGAACUAACCAGUACCUCUGCAGGGAAAUCUGAAAGAAUCUUACUGAUCAGUUAAUUCUGUGUCAACAUGUGGCACAUCUUACAAACCGUGCUUGAAGAUCGGAGGUGUUGUUUUUGUGUUUAUUUUUGACUUUUUGGAGUUGUAAUCUUAUGCAUCUUCAGAAACAUACAAAUCUCCUCACACAAAAGGAGUAGAGCUCAUCUUCAUCAUGUGGGGUGUCCUAGAGUGUGCAGAUCAUGCCGGUUAUGUGGCUUCAAGUUGUAAAAAUUAAAGUGACUUGGAAAGAAAAUAGGGGCUAGUCCAGAGUCUGCGCUGAUGACUGUUCUCAAGUAGCGUUGGGUCCUCCUGUGAGGAAGCCCACUGAGGAAGGCGGUUGGGGUGUGGGUUGUUUUUUUUUAAGGGAGGGAAGUUAUUAUUUACUAUUGCUUGAAAUUAUUAUGUAAAUAAUAUAUCUGAUAAUGAUUUGCUCUGUGAUGACUGAAGUUAGGAAAUGUACAAGCGUUAGUUGCAUCACUGUUCUCGUGUUGAUUUUGCGACAUAUUGAUGGUGACACUGAAAUGUAACCUGUGUUUUCACUUCUCUCAAUUAAAGUCUGUUCAAAAGGACAGUGGCAGGAUUCCGUCAGCUGUAUUGUGUUCAGAUCUCGAGGACAGUCGAGGCUCUUUUAACAGGUAAGAAGGCACCGACCUCCAUGACCACUAGUUAAGCCGGCCCAGGACCCGACCACGGUUUGCUUCCCGGUCAAACCUCAAGAGGCGGUUACUGUCCCAGAAGUGGACCGGGCGGCGCCUUCACUGGCAUGGUGAAGUGACUGCUGGUGUUAAGGCUGGAUGGGCGCACAGAUGGCGUGGCAGGAAUCAGUUCUCAGGGUUUGUUUUACCCAGCCUGUCAUUGCAGCACCUCUUACUCCUCGCCAGCGGAAGAGAGUAGGGAGAUGCUGAUGACAACUUGUCUGUUGUGAAAAGCUCACAGGUAGACGCUAUGAUGAGGAGGGCUCAGUGCAACUGAACUUAGAACUCUUAUUGCUAUAAAUCAGCUUGGCUGGCUGACAAGCGCCCAGGCUGCCCAGGGCAGCUGUGUGAGAGCAAAGAUCUACAUUAUCUAUAAACUGUAAACACUGUCUCUGGUUCUGCUGUAUGGCUUUUCAGUUGUAAAUACGGAGGUUAAUUUGCUGCCGCCCCUCUCAGCCCCAUUAUCUUGAAGGUUGUAUCUUGGAGGGUCCAGGUUUCAUUUCUUCAUUUAAAUGUGUCUUGAACAGAUGGCAGCUCAGCCACGGAGACUCUGUUCUGCAUUGAAGUGCAGCUCAAAGUUUGGGCUGCCUAAAAGUCAGGUCCUGAGGCCCCUCUUAGUUUGCAUCUGGCUCUUGCAUCACCGUUAAUUAUAGCGAGUGGUGACUCACUUGUAUCAGCCGUUUUUAUCUUUUCCUGCCAGAAGACAGCAUUUCUCUGGAGAAGCUCAGGACCAGCACGGCAGACGUCAGCGGCGAGGUGGGCGAGCCAGUUUCCCAACAAAAGCAGCCACAUUGUCUUAGCUGCACUGGGAAGACCAGAGAGCCUGACACUGCCCCAGCCGCUGGCGUGCAGCUAAGGUCAAGGGCUUUGGGAAGCAGACCAACCUGGGUUCAGAUCUGAGGUCCCUGUUUCCUCAUCGUUGAAAUGGGGACCAAAAAGUCCCCACCUAAUAGGGUUGUAGUGAGGAUUAAAUGGGGAAAAAAAGCAUCUAGCAUGUAGCAAAGACUUAAUAAGCAUCAUCUGGGAAGACGACUGCCCGGGACUCACCUGCUGUGCAGUCGUCUUCACAGGUCAGUUCUGAAAGAUGACAAGCCAGCCCACCUCCCACUUCCGUAUGCCCAAACCAGAAUUGACUUCAGGUUUGCAUAGCAGGGCCUUUGCCAGCCUCCCCACAGGCCACAGCAUGUUCUGUCUUUUCUAGGGCGCUGGGGGCGUUGUGUGUGUGUUUCUGAGACCAUGGUGCUGACGUCAGCACAUCGUCAGGGUGAAGGUUGGUCAGUUGGAGCUCUCUGUCUCCUGGGCAUGUUAGGUGCAAUUGUCAGAAUGUGCAUUUCUCCAUCUCGAUUCACUGUAGUUCCUGGUCCAGUUUGUGGUUCCAUGUCUUUAGAAGACCACCUCCUGCCCCCUCCCCUUGCUGGAUUUUCCCAGGCAGUCCAGCCAUCCGUGACAUCUCACCUCUAGGCGAUUGCAGUACUCAGAGCAUGAGUAGUUAAGGAGUACCUCGUGGGGGGCAGCGCUGUCCCACCCAGGACAGCCUGCAAGGCACCUCCCACUCCACAGAUGGGGAAGCUGAGGCUCUGUGAGAGUAAGUGGCUUGAUGAUGAGACCUGACUCUUGCUGUUGUUUCCUAUCAUCUUCCAGCCAGGUGAGCAUCUAGAGGGAGGGACAGGCCACCCUUCCCGUGUCUCUCAUGUCAGGACUUCUCGACCCUCUGUCCAGGGGCAUCCCCGAGGAGCCUGGGGUGGGCCUGGGAUGUGCACUUCUAACCAGCUCCCAGUGAUGCUGCCCUGCUGGGCUGUGCACCUCACUUUACGGAGCCAGGACCUGAUGGCAGGCCUCAGAAAUACUUGCUGAGAGGUGACUGCUGAGAUUUGUGGUUGACCCUGGGACUGCAAAGGACCUUCUAGCCUAGAGAGGGUGGCUGUGAAUGUGGCCGGGGCUCCGCAGCACUGCUCUAGGGGCUGUGGACAUUGUGUUGCGUGUGGUCAGAGGAGCUGCACGCGCUAGUCCAGGUGAAUCCAUCUGUGAGGAGACUUGUUUUCAGUUUGCCUGUCCUGUCAGUGACUUUUCACAGGCAGCGGGGGAGGCCUUCCCAGGUGACAGGAAGCGUGGGGCAUGGUCACACCUGCACACUAGCCCUUGCCCCUACUCAGCCCACAUCAUGAGAGCAGGUCUCUACCUUCCGACCCGCACACACUUUGGAGAGGAUUUACUCCCUGUAAGCAGGCAGCCUCGCUGGCAGCUAGGAUUCCCCACAUCUUGCUCCCACUAGGAUCCACUCGCUUGGCUCUCUUGGGUUCCACAGGGAGGGGACAGUGGCUCCUGGAGCCCCAUCCCUCCCGCACCUCUGAUCAUGGACCGACAGGUGAGUCAGGGGUGUGUGAGUGGAACGAGGGUUCUUGACGGGGGUGUUUUCCUCAAAGCCUUGCAGCAGACAGAGUGGCUUCUAAGAAUUUUUCACAGGUAAAAUGCGUAAGAUCCACAGUAAGGAAAACAAAACCUCAAGAAAAUAUGAAGUCUUGGCCCUUUUCAUCCAGGUCUUUGCUUCUUGUGACCUUUUUACCUAUCAAGUGUUUGAAACCUGUGCAGAACUUAAUAAACAUGUUGAAAUGAUCAUGAUGACAACAGCCAUACCUGGUCUGAGUCCUUGCAUAGAGAAACCAGCUGCUUCAGUGCAGGUCUGGGCUUUUCUCUGUUUUUCAAGCAAAACUGUGAUUCUGUUAGUUCUCAGACUGGCCUUGAGAAGGAAAGAGCGAGCCAGACAGCAUAGGAAGGGUGGUCUCUCAGACGGCUGGAAACCCACCAGCCCAGCCGGCAGACAGCGGUACACAGUCGAGUCUUCCUGAUGGAGGCUGGGCCUCAGGCUAGUGAGGGGGUGAGGCUGACUCCUGAGGACCAGGCUGGCGAGGGGAUGAGGGCAGACUCCUGAGGACCAGGCUGGCGAGGGGAUGAGGGCAGACUCCUGAGGACCAGGCUGGCGAGGGGAUGAGGGCAGACUCCUGAGGACCAAGUCUGGACAGUCAGCACCUUUCUGCACAGACUGAGACCAGCGGUGUGCAGAAGCCUUGCACAGAGACCUCAGAUGCAAGCAGCUAAGGCAGAACCCAUGAGCAAACGUGAGCUUGAGGAAUGACAGGUAUUUUUAUGGAGCGGGAGGACUGGAGGAUGGUCUGGAGGAUGCAGCUGAGAUUGCUGUGGAUGGUGGGUUGGUUGAAACACAUUGCUUUCCCCAUUCACAGCGUCCCAGGAACAUUGCCGAUGGUGAUGCUGGGUGAGAAGGGAUUCUGAGGGCCACGAGGAGGCAGUGGACUCCAGGAGAGAGAGGAAGGAGCGAGUGGAAAGAGGGGGAAGACUCUGGGAAGAGAGAUGAGACGGAUGAGGAACAGAGUGCAGAUGACCCUUGUGAGCCUGCACUAGUGAUGUGCACACGCACCGAGGGCUUUCCCAAUAGAGAUCACGCGGUGGCGAUGGCACCAUCUGUGUACAGACCAGGGCCAGUUACAGGCAUUCUCUUCCUGGAACGUCCCAUCUCACAGAUGAAGAAACUGGGGCUCUCAGAAGGGUCACACAGCUCAUGUGUGGCAGAGCUGAGCGUCCCUGACCCCGACUUCUGUCCUUGUCCCCCGUGGAGGGCACGUCGGCCCGUGGGCCAGAGCAGGAAUGCCAAGAGAACGCGUCCGCCGUCUCGCUUGUUCGGAUACUGGGCACGUUUGUCAGGUUCCCAGAGCGAGGACAGACGUGACCGCGUGUUCCCUCCCCCCAUAUCCAGUUGCAGAGCCUGUUUGUAAAAUAUGUUUUCAUUCAAUAUUUUAUGUUAAAUACCGGAACUUAAGAAAUGACAUAGCAUAAUGUUAGCCGGACAGUGAUAAAAGGGGAAAAUUGAGAAACACAUUUAAAAGUUCAAGGUCAAUGAGCACUUUUUAAAAGCAGCAUCCUGCUUUCCCAAGGAGGCCUACGUCAGAGGGAGCGGCUGAGGAGGAAGCUGCCGGCCUCUAGUGACGGCGACUGGGGGGACUCCUGCGGACGCGCCCCGUGGACAGGACCGUCCCCUGUCUCAGCGGACAGCCGCCAUCUCUCUAAGAUGUCUCCGGGCCCUCACCAUGCAAAGGCAGGAGGCCGGGGAGCCUGUCCCAUGUCUGCUGUCCCGGUUUUUCUGAGGUCUAAAAAUACGGCGACCCGUGUCCGUGGUCUUGUCACUCGGUGGGGGCGUCGCCUACCAGCCCUGACAGACAGCGGGAGGAGCGGCGGGGUCCGGUCGGCUCGUGGAGCUCUCGGCGGAGUGGAGAGGGCUGCACGGGCCAGCGUCUGCCGUCCCGCUGAGAGGCCUAUGAAUUCACCGAGGGGCAACGGCGUGCUCGAGGGGGACUGCGGACGCGGCCAUGUGGGGACAGGCGGCUGCCAUUUUCAGGCGGGGACGCCCCGGCCCGGGGGCAGCUGCGCGGCCCGGAGCUGUGACACUCUCCCACCCCACGAGCGGCUCGGCUCGUGCCGUCCAGCCGCAGGGCCUGCCGCCGCCCCGGAGUCUCCGUCGCCCCGUCUGACCCGCCCGAGUCCGAAGGCCGGCGCGCGGGGGACACGAGGUCCCUUCCCCAUGGCGGUCGCCUCAGAGACGGGCUGCUGGGACCCGCCCUCAGACGCCGGGGGUCCUGGGAGGCCUUCCCGCAGCGGCCUGUUUGAGCCCGUCGCCCGCUCCCCCGGCCUCCCCUCCAGCUGAGGCCGGGGUGGCGUCUCCACCUGCAGGACGCGGCGGGAGGGGUCCCGAGGCCCGGGGGGCUCAGGGCGGGCCUGGGCGGCACCCCGCCUCCUGACGGGAGAGCAGCAGAGCUUAGAAACCUGCGGUUCUGAGAGGAACUUGAGCGAGCGCUGCAAGCCACGCGGUGGGCCCCCUCCUGGGACGGGCAUCUCCGCGUGCUGCUACCGCGAGACGCUCACAGUUGACGCCCGUGCCCGCCUGCGCCACACCCCCGAGAGCUAGCUGCACGUUGUCUACUUGCCUCCACACUUGUCCUCUUUUUUUAUGUGAGGAAGAUUGCCGCUGAGCUAACAUCCGUGCUCGUCUUCCUCGAUUUCAUAGGAGGGACUCCGCCACAGCGUGGCUGGUGAGCGCAGUAGGUGCGGCCGGAUCGGAACCGCGAACCCGGGCUGCCGAAGCGGAGCGUGUGGAGCUUUAACCGCUCGGCCACGGCCGGCCCCCACACUGGUCCUUUUUGGACCACAGGCUGUGUGGACAGUGACACUCGGUGUGUUCCCCGCACCUGCCACUUCCCAGCCCGGGCACGCGGGCCGCUUUCCUACCUCCCUGUGCCGGCGCUCGCGGACGGCACGCUGGCGGCUGGGGCAGCUGGGGGUUAGGCGGCGGCCGGCGUGGGGCGUUGGACGGCGGUGACGCGGGGCGGGCGGAGGCUCGUGCGGGCCUGGAGGGGACGCGUCAGGCCGGCGUGGGGCGUUGGACAGCGGCGACGCGGGGCGGGUGGCGGCCGUGGGCUGGCCCCACUGCGCCGCGCUGACCAAGGCGGCUCUGCCCGCAGGCCGCAUUUUCACCGCCGUGUCCAGUCAGUGAUAACUCGUUUUUGCGAAAAAUCUCCUCGUCCGGUCCACCGUGCACGACCUGCCGGUGAGCCAGCCCUGUGCUGGUCACGAGGCCGGGCGGCGCCGCCGCUGCGGACAGUGAUGCGGGCCGUGCUUCCCUCAGCCGGUGACCGGUGACCGCCGCAGCCCUGGCCGCCGUCUGCGCGCCUCGACGCCGGCUGUCCGCUGUCAGGGCGUCGUUGGGGCGUCGUUCGGUGUCUGCCUCUCCUGCCCGGGCCCGGGGCGCGUCCCUGCGCUCUCAGCGGCGCUCAUCCUCUCGCCUCGCCCCGGUCCUUCCCUGCGCUGCCCUCUGGCCCCGGGGAGUCGCCAGUUGGAAGAUCUAGCCCUUCCCUCUGAUGCCCGCGUUCUCGUGGCGGGUCCUGGGCGACAUCCUGGGGCACGUCCCUGUGGAAGGCUCUCAGUUUGGGGAGCUUGAGAGAAGGAUCAGGGUCUGGUCUUAAAAUCCAGCCUCCCCCCUCUGUCUGAUCGCUAGCAAGUUUAAGGCCAACGGUGGUGGUCGGGCUCUUCCCGGAACAUCCCUUCAGAGCUGAGAUCGGCCAGAAGGAGCUCUGUCUCCUGCACUGGUCAGUCCCUGCCCACAGCUGGAGAAAGGACAUGCGGGCUAGCGGCCGCCCAGCCACCCGGGUUAGCACUGCUCCUGUGGGUCCCCUGGAGACAUGGAGGCUCAGACCAGCUUAAGGAGGGGCGUCGUUCACAGCCUGCCUUGGAAUCCGAGUGUUUAACUCUUUCCAUCAGCAGCAUGUGUCGUGAGCCCCUCUGUCUGCCUCUCAUUCAGAGGUGAAAGGAGCCCAGCCCUCUGUCCACAGGCCUCACAGUCCAGGAGGAGAAGCAGAAACUUCAACAGAAAUGCAGGCUUGGGCGGAAGAUCAAGAGUGCGUCUGACCUGAAGAGGCCAGGGAAGGUUUAAUGGUCAGAGCAUUUCUCAGCCUGGUCUUGAAGGAUGUAGAGCAGUCUCUCAGAAGGAGGAAGACGGGAUGAACUCUCCAGGCCGAAGGAACCGCAAGAAGUAAAAGGACAGGAUAUCUUGGAGUGGCUGGAGCCGUGGUGGGGAAGGAGGCCCUGGCCAUUGUCCAAAAUGUCCCCUGCUCUCUCAUAAGGCUGCCCCCUGGGCGCUGGCUGCUCAGUGGUGUAGAGCUGGUCCCACUGGCUUGCAAGAGCUGGUUGUUAAAUGUCCAGGGAUUUUAUGAGCCGGUUGUGAACACAUUAGUAGCUUGAAUUGGGAGUGCUUACGCAGUGGAAAUUGGCUUUUGUUAGUCUGUCUUCCAGGGAGCCGGGUCACCAGCACAGCCCUGACGGUGGGCACAGCUACAUCCCAGGAGAGUCUGGGGACAUGUCUCUUUGUACUUAGAGUCGAUUAUUCUCAUCUGCCAGGAAGACCUGGAGUGUGGUUCUUCUUCAACAUAUGCUCUUCAAAUGUGGGGUCAAAAGAGAAGUAGAAAAAAAUCCAGUUCUUUCUGUUUUGAAGAUGGCUUGGUUUGUGCAGGCCUUGUCCCUGCUCAGGCCAUAUUUGUAUAACUCCUCCCACGUGUCCAUUCUAAAGCCUCCUCGCGCCAGACUACAGGCCAGUCCCCACUGCGGUCAGUUCCCUGCCCUGGAUGCCUCUCAUGGGCGGACUUGUCCAGAGGAGCUCCUUCAGGACAGGGCUGGGCCUCAGACCCCAAGACCUCAGCUCAGACAGUGUCAAGAGAAGACUGACUUUCUAAAGAAAUACUUUUUCUUCCUUCCCACUGAAUUGACCUGUUAUUUCAUUGUCAGUCAACACAGCCCUGGCCUUGAUAAAUAUGUGUCUGGAUGUUCAGAAACAAUUGUCCGAGUGCAGUGUGAUAGGAGGAGGCAAACAAGACAUGUUCCGAUCGCGGCUUUGUUGCUGGCCAGUGCUGAUAAGUGUGGACAGGUGAUUUGAUCUCUCUGAACCUCUUCUUCAUCUGUACAAUGGGAACAACAAGCUCCCCUCACAGGGUUGCCGUGAGGCUCACACAAGACUGUGUGCCGUGCUGGCUUUGCUACUUGCUGUCUUCUCCCCUCCCCGUGGGCUCUCACCACCCCCUGCCUUCUCCUCCAUCAGUCAGUGGAGGGAGGCUGACCCUGACUGUUUGAAAAAAAUCAGUGAUGGAUCCGUCUCCGUUUCUUCUGCUGGACCCCACCUGGUGCAUCUUCGUCAGGUUGGGGGAAGAGUCGGAGCGGGGAGAGGACUCGCGGCUGUGGACCACCAUGCUCUGAUCUCUCAGAAGCUGGAUGAUGUGGGCAACAACAGUGCUCACCUCCUAGGUGUCGUGAGAAUCCAGAGAGAGAAUGCAUUUGGGGUCUUGAGGAGUUUGCCUGGCUCACUGAGUGCUUGGGAGAGGAGAUGCCAUGAUGUAACCUGUUGUGACUAAACAGAUGGAAAGGAUUCUGAGAGUCAACAGACUAUAGAACUAGAGGGAGACUGGAAUCCAGUCCUCUUGUUUGCAGAGACAAGGGCCACACAAAGCAGUGUGAGGCCAGGGCUCAACUCCAGGUGUUCUGACUCCCGUCCAGAGGCCACCACAUCGAGUCAGCAGGAAAUAGCUCAUCCUGGCACUUGGACUUCUUUUUCCUACCGAAUCUGGAAUGCCAGAACAGCCCUCAAGGAAGAUCGUUAAUAUUGGGGUUUGUUAUUUGGGGCUAAUUAGGACUCUCAUUGCCAUGUUCCCCGAGGGAUAAACUGAGAGGGCCCGGGGCCUUGUUUCCAGGAAUAUGGAAGCUGUUACGUGUGGCCUCUGAGCACAGCCCCAGUGGGGACCGGAGUCCCUGAGAGCUGAUGGACAUACAUCAUCCAGAGAUCCGGCUGCUUUAAGCCAAAUACAAAUACAGGCGAGACCCCAAACUGGGAUUUCAGCUCUUUGUUUAGCAGAAUGAGGCGUUUUAGCAGAUAAGACAAAGCUUAGGAAAUUGGCAAAAAUCAAAUAGCCUCAAAAAUAAAUGUAUUUGGAGCAGA